AUGGAUCCUACACAAAUCAAGAAGAUUCAAGCCAUGAAGAGGUAUAAGAGGCGUCAAUUCCUAGAUAAUUUGUAUUUCUAUUUCUUCUCUACCUUAACUUGCAGUUUUAUCUUUUUUUUCACACUGUGCCUACCCUAUCUUUCUUCUCAUGUUCGGGUCUUUUUCUUGGUGCACAUCUCAAGUUUAAUUCAUAGCAGUCAAACUAGAAUGCCUCAUAUUCCAGCUACUGAAGUCAACAAAGCUAAAACAUUGGAGAAACUACAUUUUGUGGAGAAUAUGGACAAGACUUUGGAGGAUGGACCCAACAGUGUGGACUUAAAAGGUAAUGGGUGGGUUAAGAAAGCUACAGAAGCAUGGCUAGGCAAAGAGGUGGAGAAUCUAGAAGGAGGAGAUGAACAAAGUUUUCUUUCUUCUUCUGAUGAAUUGAACAAAAGGGCUGAGGAUUUCAUUGCAAGGGUCAAUAGGCAGAGAAAGCUUGAACUUAUCCUUCUCAAGCAUGAUAAUUACUAA